AUGACAACGAAAACAAUAGCCACAGAAAUUCCACCAGAAAUAUUUGCAAUAAUUUGUGAACAUCUUUCCCCAAGUGAUCUUUUGUCUCUGACUUGUGUGUGUCGAAAAUUCAAAGAAUUUCUUUGUUCUCCAACGUCCUCAGCAACCCAACAAAUCUGGCGUUUAGCUCGUCUUCGAUGUCUACGUUUACUUCAAUUACCACCACCGGAAACACUUGACGAAAAACAGUAUUAUGUCCUAAGUCAGCUUGAGAAAGGUUGUCAAUUUUGUGGUAGAAACGCAGCUAAGAUUCAUUGGGCUUUACGUGUCAGAGCAUGCGAUCCUUGUAUAGACGAGAGAACAUUGAGUCACGACAAAUUAUUUAUCGAAUGGAAUAUUCCUUCCGAUGUAUUAUCCUUAAUACUAUAUUCGUAUUCGGGCGCGUCACGAAUAUAUUGGAUGAAAGAUGUGGAACAAGCAUUAAAAGAAUAUAAUUCUUUGAAGAGCAGUGACGAAGAGGUCUUCAAUUCUUGGGUCGAAAGGAGGCGUGCAUUUGUGAACCGAGUAACUCAAGAUGUGCAGCAUCGAGAAUACGUACAACAACCGAUAUUUGAUAUAUUAGGCGCGAGGCUGGAUCGACUUCAAAUAAUGCUAAACGGAGUUUAUGGACAUGUUAUGAGAAGAUCACGACUUGGUAAAUUGAAAUAA